ACACAUUAUUAUGCACAAAACUUUUGUGUCAUCGGUGCAAAAAUGACAUUUACAGUGUUGCCAAAUUAGUCAAGUUUUCCCAAAACAUUGCAAAAUAUUUAAUAAAAAAUGGCCACAAAGUUGCAUUUGAUCGAUUUGGAGACAAUUUCUUGGAAAUCUAUCAAGCAAGAAGGCUUAGAUUUAGAUUACACGGUUGCAAUACCAAAGGCAGUAGCCAGUACACUAUAUCAGGAGCUUGAAAGUACAUUGGAGUACUUCACAGGACACCUUGCUAAAAUUAAGGUAUUUGGCAAGAUUUAUGAUUUGCCGCGACAACAAGUGGCUUACGGCGAUCCAGGCAUCACAUAUACUUAUUCAGGCAUAACUAUCCCAGCUUUGCCGUGGCCAGCUCCUGUUUUAGCGUUGCGUGAUUUUUUAGAGUCGCUAAAAGGAAUCAAAUACGAUUUUGUACUGGUCAACAAAUAUAGAAAUGGCUGCGAUCACAUGGGCGAGCACAGAGAUAACGAACCGGAGUUAGAUCCAAAUUAUCCAAUAGCAUCAAUAUCUUUUGGACAACAAAGGACCUUUGUUCUUAAACACAAAGAUGCAAGAAAGCCUGGGAAAGAUAAAAAACCAAUUCCACCAGGGUUUGGGAUAGAAAAGACCUCCUGUCUGUAUUGAGGCUUCCACACACCACAAAGUCUACUUCGCUGGCUCAAUGUGGUUUGAUGAUCUCACGCGUUUUACAAGGAUUGUAGGUAUACCUGCAUUAUUGUAUAUUAUCACGUUGUGUCGCUAUCCCAUUGUCAAAAUACAUGAAAUAUUUAAGCCAAGAUGUAUUGACGUCAAUUUUAAAUCCAUAUUCUUGUCUAGAAUUAAUUUCUUAUCAUUUUUAAUGAUAUUAUAGGAUUUUAUUAAUCUUUCGUCGUUAAUCUUAUCAAUUCCACCGUUUUACGACAAUUCAGACUGUAUCUUUUUUUAAGUCUCUAGCAACGACAUGGCCUGAUAAUUUUCGUUUAUCGAUCAUACGAAAUUGAUUUUUCACUUAUUUCCUUACUACCUAUACUGUGUAAUUGAUGGGAUUUUUCUUUUAGGUAGGACUAGAUAACGUGACAUAAUUAUCUCUUAUUAUGAAAUCAAGGUCUUUCUGGGUGUGCCGGAACUAACGACGCCGUUGUGAUUAAUUUCGUGUUUGCCUAUAUAGUUCAUUUAUUGUUUUUCACUUUUUCCGAAUUUUUUUUACAUUUUAAUAGUUUUUAACCUUAUGAGGUUAUUAAUAGGCGUAAAUAAAUACUCAUGUAUUUUUUGUUAGUCUUACCAUUGUGUAAAUAGUUUUGGUGUACUGGCCGUCUUUUAUUUGUAGGUAGUCCAUUUCUCUCCACUUUUCAGUGUUCUAUAUCAACGAAUUCGUGAACUUUGGUAAGAGUAAGAAUUUUAAUUUGUUUAGCAUCAAGUUACCAUAGCAACGGUAACAAAACAAAUUUAUACGUAGAUACGGUUAGAGGUUGUAAUGAAUGCGGCUCUUUUG